AUGUUGUCAUCUCGCAACCUUAAUAACGACAAUUCGCAGCAACAAACAACAACGCUCGAAGGUGAAGAGGCUAUCAAGUUAAGAGGAGCCUCACUCAGGAGUGUCGAGCCACUAAUUAAAUCGGUGAGUGCAACAGGUUCGGUCUCGACGAUUUCAAAGAGAGAGAAGAGGUGUUUUAUCAUGUUUAUUAAUUCCGUUAUGAGUAAGAGAUUGAGAGAGAUGCCACAACGAGUGGAGGAAACGAUUGAAGGAGUUGUGGAAUGGAGUAAAAUAUGUAAACCAAAGAAGGAACAAGAAUUGAACAAGAUUAAACGAGUUUUGAAUCAUACAAUGGUUCUAGGAUAUGCCAAGGGUCUUGGUAUUGUAGUAGUCAACAUUUCUCCAGAGGAUUGUGCCGAGGGGAGACCAACAGCAUUAAAUUCCAUCUUGUGGCAAUUGAUUAGAGAGGAUUUGACUAAAUCACUGAAUAUUGUUCACUUCUUUGAUGCAAUUGCAUUGAAGAGGGCAGAUGAAACAGUUGUGGAAUUUAUGAAUCAACAACCUCUCUCGCUCUUGCUCAGAUGGGUCAAUAAUAGGUUGGAAUCUAAAAACAUUAAGGUAACAAAUCUUGGAGAGGAAUGGAGAAACGGUUAUCUCUUCCACCAACUUGUAAAGACAGUCUCUAAGGGUUUUACAGAUGAAGAUGAGGCAAUGAUCUCUGAGGCUCCAACAGAUAGUGAUAAAAUCCAAGCCCUUUUGGAAGUAAUAGACAGAUUGGAUUUGAACAAGAAGAGUAUCAUGCUGGAGCCUGAAGAUAUUCUCUAUGGUGAGAAGCACUUGAUAAUGUCUCUGAUUUCAUCCAUUUUUUAUAGUUGUGACCAUUCCGAUUUGGUUUUGGAACAGUCAGAAGAGACACUCGACACUCUCAAGAAUGAAAUAUUUGAAAAUUCUAUUGCUAUUCUAGGAAAGGAAAUACCUGAUGUAAAUACAAGACCUGAAAUGAAAGCAUUCUUGGCGCUCAUAAAGAAUGUUUCCAACUUUGAAACAACUGACAUGUACAAAAAAUUAGAAAUUCACAUGAGGAAACAAAUUGAAAAACUAGAAAGCGAUAACACUUCACUAUUGACUACAAAUGAUAAGUUGCAGCGAGAGAAUGAAAAUCAACAAACCAAGAUCAUCACUCUUCAAGAAAGAGUUUCCCACUUGGAACAAUCUCAAAUUUUAGCCACAACUCAAUUACAAGAAACUAAAUCUCAACUCGAUAGUACACUCUCCGAGUUGGAUACCUACAAGAGUCAGGUUCAAGACCUCAAACAACGAUUGGCGAUUGAAAUUGAGAGGGUGAAACAAUUUACCGAGGGAAAAUCUCUAAAUUUGGAAAAAGAAAAGCUUGAGAAGGAAAAGAAAGAGAUGGAAGAAAACAUGAUAAAAGAAAAGCAAGAAAUGGCUGAAACUUUGGAAAAGGAAAGACAAGAAAUGGAAGAAAAACUUGCACAGGAAAGACAAACUUUGGCGGAGCAAUACACAAAGGAUAAACAAGAAGUGGAAGAAAAAUUGGAUGAAUCUAGAAAGGAGAAUCUUCAACUUGCCUCUGCCUUACUGACACUGAAAGAACAACAUGAAAAAUCAAAGAAUGAUGUCCAAACAUUGCUCAAGAAUAGUGGUGAAAAUGCUGGAGCUGCAUUAGCAGAGAUGCGAUUUGGUUCUAACCCAACUGUACAAACACUGAAACACAUGAGACCUGUCAAGGCAGGCUAUAUGGAGAAGCAAGGCUCAAACUUUAAAUCAUGGAAGAAGAGGUACUGUUUGUUAUUUAAGGAAUUCCUCUUUUAUUUCUCCAAGGAUGCACCAAACGAAAAACCAAAGGGCAUUGUAGUAAUUGAUCCAAAGACAAGAGCCAGAAAUGUGGAAGAUGAAUCAAAGAAGGGUUUCACAUUUGUGGUAAUAUCGGGAGCGAGAAAUUUGAACUGUUGUGUAGACAGUGCAGAGGAGAGAGAUUCAUGGGUUGAGGCAAUUGAACAAUUACAUUAUUAA